UUUUUUCUCGCAAGUUCUCGCGAGAUGUGCAACGUGAGUUUGACGCAAAACAAUAUGGCGGACGUGCAGGUGAAAAGAAAUAGUUUGUUUACAAAAGUAGCGUAAAACAACAUCUGAACGGCAACGGCCAGUAUCUGUGGUGGACUGUAAGGUGCGUGUAGCUCAGGGGGAGAACAUGGCGCAAAGUAACCCUAGUCUGUUCCGAUGGAGAAGGAGAACAGAGAAGUUUCCGUCCCAGACCCAAACCGGCGAUAGUUCUGGCGCUCUUUCUAAACAGAGUCUAACAGCAGUGGAUGAUGUUCAAGACUGGAUAAAGAAAGUGCAGAAGGCGUCAGACCGUGCAGCUGUGGCAGCGUUAGGCCCCCGUGCAGCCGGCAGGACCAACGGUUACACAGCAGCACUGGAGACAGUCGACCAGCUCAGGGAACAUGACGCUACUUAUAAUGAAGCCCAAGAGCUGCUGAACACGUGGAUGACUGAGAAGGUGAACCUGGACUUUGAGGUGGAUGAUGAGGACUGGUCAGAGGUUCCCUCCGCCAAGGCGACGGCCGGGAACUCACCGGCACACGGCAUGCUGGACAGUCUACUGGAGGAGAACUACACCUUCACUGACGAUAUGACGGACGGGUCGGCAUCACAGAGGGCUCGAGAUUUCUACAGCCGGAUUGAGAAUGAUGACGAUGACUCAGCAGUCCAACAGAUCCUGUCAGGAAUGAUGGACCUGGAGGUGUUGGAUGACUCCACACUGAAGGAACUGGAGUCAGCUGAGGACUCCAGACCUAGGAAGGACCCAGUCAUGACUAUGGAGAUGAGACAGAGAAAGGUAAAGGAGGCCAGGGAUCGAAGACAGAGAGAGCUGGAACAAAAGAGAAGAGAGAAACAAAGGAAAAAAGAUGCAAAGUUCCAGGCUGCCCAGAUGGUGCUGCGUGAGGAACGUGAGAAGGCCCUGCGUGCCAAGCGUGAGGAGGAGGAGAUCCAGCACAUCAUGGCCCACAUGAGGAAGGAGAUGUACGAACAACAGAGACUGGAGAUGGAGGCCAGGGAAAAGGAGAGACAGAUGAGAGAGGCUGAGGAGGCCCGACUGUUGGAGCAGCGGCAGAGACAGCGGGAGGACCUGGACUCUGAAUACCUCCGGCACUGGCAGAAGGAAGAGGAGGAACGACUGAGACAGCUGAGCAAAAACGCUGAGGUGGAGACUUUAAGGAGGAGACACAACCUCAGGUGUUUACAAAGGCACUUCUCGGCCUGGUAUCGGCUGAUUGUGGCCAGAAGAGUCCAGUACGGCAAGGCCAGAGCCAUGGCUGACUGGAAGUCAACACUGCGAGCCUGGAAUGCCUGGAGAACAUACGUACUGUCCAGGAAAACUGACAAGGAAACGAGGAAAUAUCAACGGGACCUCAUAGACAUGCAAAGGAAGCAGCAGGCUGCUGUGGACCAUGACAGGAGACGUGUGCUGCAGCGCUGUCUGCAGGCCUGGGUGCUGUACGUCCACUGGGAACAGGACAGGAAGGAGCUGUACAGGAAACAGGAGGAGACAAGGAGUAAGAUGUCAGCCCUGCUGGAGGCUGCAGCCUCAGGGAAGCUGUGGUCAGCCAGGGGUGAUGAUGAUGAUGAUGAUGAUGAUGGGGGCAGCACCAGUGGGAGAGGUGGGGUCCGGUCGGACAGGGUGGACAAUGGACAGAGAAGAGUGGAUGAACUGUUUGAAGAACCUGUAAAGAGACAAGCGUCGGCACCACUUGUUCGCACAGACAGAAGCGACCCCACGUCGACAAGGUCAGAGAAGGACAGAGGCAAGCACGCCAGGAGACUGGUCAAACCUACCGAGCCAUGGCAGGUGAACAAGAAACACCUGGGCCUCAGUAACAACACCUUAGCUCACCUGACUCAGUCAGAGACAACCAAUCAGGACAACAACAGACAGGAGAAGGAGAAGCUGACCCAGCAGAAGAAACCAUACAUCCCCAACACUUACGAACAUCGCUACACACACCAACAACAGGCACUGGAGGAACAGAAAAGGCAAAUCAAGGAGCAGAAGAGACUGAUAGAGGAGCUCCAGGAGCAGCAGAGACUCAUCAUGUGUCAGCAGGACAUGCAGAAGGCAACCGCCGCCAGGGAAGCCAUCGAGGAGGCCAUCGCAGGUCAAGGGUCAAAGGGCAGGAGGGCCGGGUCGAGACCAGACUCGGCUCGGAGCGACAGUACGGAUGCCUCGUCUGCGAUGUCCCAGACAGACACAUGUGUGUCAGGUCCUUCUACAGCGGUGUCCAGAAACUCUUCCUCAAAGACCAGGAACAAAGCUCCGAGGGAGGCAGACCCUAUUGUGAAGAAAAUGGAAGAACGUGCAGCUGAGCGGGAGGAGAAGAAACGUCGGAUUGAGGAGAGGAAGAAGAAGAAGGAGGAGGAGAGAGUUCUCCGUCUGCAGGAGGAGGAGGAGGCCAGGAGACAGGCGGAGGAGGAGGAGAAACGGGCGCGGCUGGAGAGGGUCAGGGAGGAGAAGAGGCUGAUCAGACAGCGUGAACUGGAGAAGCAGGAGAGGUUGGAGCGACAGGCAGAGCUGAACACCAGGGCAGAUGAACACUACAGGAACAGUCUACUCAGGAACAGGGGGUGGGCAGCAUGGAGGAAACUGGUCAACCAGUCUCGCCACAACAUGCAGGUUGCUGUUGCCCACCAUACUGAAGAGCUGCUGAGACGUUGCCUGGUGCCGUGGUAUGACCACACACAGGAGGUCCUGCAGCACAAGGCAGACAUGGCCACAGAGUUCUGUAACUUCAUCACUGUCAGGAGGUGUUUCAGGUCAUGGAGGAGGUAUGGGCAGCACCAGUCUAUCCUGGAGGCACGAGCAGAGAGACAUCGGCAGCUGAGGAUGAGAGAGAAGUGUUUCCGUGUGUGGAUGGACUACGCCAUGGACGAGAGAAUGGCAGGGAUAGAAAAGGACAGGAUGGCCGCGGAGCAUAACAUCAUACGUCUGCAGAGAAAAGCAUUCCGUGCGUGGCAGCAGCUGCCUGUACUGGCCAGGAAGGAGCGUGAGAGGGAGAGGAGAAGGACAGAGAUGAGGAAGAAGGUGGCCAACAUCCUCCCCGACUUCCAGGGACUACAGCUGGCUGAGGACAAGGAGGACUUCACCUGCUCUCUGGGCAACAUCAAGAUGAAACUGUGAUCGGGAAACUGGAGGCACUUCCUAAAGCAACAUCUUCCAAAGAACACUGGAUACACUCAUGAAAGUUCAUCUGUGUUGGUAGUUGCAUGUUUAGAGUUAAAACUUUAGAUCCAACACAAAAAUUCUCUCACCUAGGGGUGAAGGAGGCUAUAUACAUCAGGACCCUUCACUGAACUGCGACGAGGGCUGACAU